AUGAAGGCCUUCCUUUUCCUUCCCUUCAUGUUCUUGACCAUGUUCUCAGUGUCUUCAACCCAGACUUUGAAGACAAGUGUUAUUAAACUGGAAGAGACUCCAGAACCUGCAUUUAUGUUAGAGGGAAAAAAUGAAGCUAAUGCUCAAGGAGGACAAAAAGAAUCUAAUAAGCAACAAGAUGGCAACACACAAAGAAAACCAGGGGUUUUUAUCCUGCAAGGACAACGAGGGAAACCAGGGAGUGUUAAUCAGCAAGGGAAGCCAGGAGUUUUAAAUCAGGCUGGGGGUCUGCAAGGGCAUUCAGGGGAGUCUAACCAAAAAGGAAAACCAGGAUCUUCCAACCAGCAAGGGGGUUUAAGGUCAUUUAGCCAGCGAAGAAAACUGGGAUCUUCCAGCCAGCAACGAAAGCCAGGGUCAGCUAGCCAGCAGGGAAAACCAGGAUCUUCUAGCCAGCAAGGGAAGCCGGCAUUUUUAAGCCGCCAAGGAGGUUCAGGGUCAACUAGCCAGCAAGGAAAGCCAGGAUCUUCUAGCCAGCAAGGAGAUUCAGGGUCAGCUAGCCAGCAAGGAAAAUCAGGAUCUAGCCAGCAAGGAGACUCAGGGUCAGCUAGCCAGCAAGGAAAACCAGGAUCUUCUAGCCAGCAAGGGAAGCCAGCAUCUUCAAGCCAGCAAGGAGGUUCAGGGUCAGCUAGCCAGCAAGGAAAACCAGGAUCUUCUAGCCAGCAAGGGAAGCCAGCAUCUUCAAGCCAGCAAGGAGGUUCAGGGUCAGCUAGCCAGCAAGGAAAACCAGGAUCUUCUAGCCAGCAAGAAAAGUCAGAAUCUUCUAGCCAGCAAGGGAGUCCAGGAUCGUCUAGCCAACAAAGAAAACCAAGGUCUUUUUACAAUCAAGAAGAAAGAAAAAAUGUAGGCAACCCUUUGGAUGGCAAUAUGGAAAGUCAGACUGGCACCACCAGCAGCAAGAACCCAACUGGAAAGACAAAAUGUAGCUCUAUCUUCAACCCAGUCUGUGGUUCUGAUGGGAAAACCUAUGGUAACCACUGUCUAUUUAAUGAAGCCAAAAGGUGUCCAAAGCUUUAA